CAAAGAUGCAGCCCAACGUGUCCGCGCUCCUCCGAUGAGUCAAUAGUUUACCAGAAGAGCGCGAGAGAGCACGAGGAGCUGCAGACAGGUGUUGUUGUGUUCUUAAUUUAUUUUUUUUAAUUGUUGCGGGUCCUCCGCCAUGCUGCUGCCGUCCUCCACCCUGCUGCUGCUGGCGGCUCUGUACGGCGGCGUAGACCUGACGGGGGCUGAGGGCUGCGGGGCAUCAUGUGGAAAAUGUGACUGCAGUGGUGUGAAAGGAGCUAAGGGUGAGCGUGGAUUUCCUGGUCUUCAAGGUAAUAUGGGUUUUCCAGGGAUGCAGGGACAUGAAGGUCCUGCAGGACCAAUGGGCUCCACGGGAGAUCUGGGUGACACCGGAGCUGCUGGACUGAAAGGAGUGCGAGGUCCUCCUGGUCUGCCAGGUUUUCCGGGAAAUCCAGGACUACCAGGAAUCAAUGGAAAUGAUGGACCACCAGGUUUGCACGGUAUCCCAGGGUGCAAUGGGACUAAAGGCGAAAGAGGGAGGGAUGGCACUCCUGGUUUUCCUGGGAUUCAAGGACCUCCCGGCAUCUCUGGAAUUCCUGGAAUGAAGGGCGACCCUGGAGGUGUGAUCGGGUUUGUUCCCAUGAAAGGAGACAGAGGAUUCCCUGGCACACCUGGAUUACCUGGAUCAAGUGGAGCUUAUGGACCCACUGGACCUCCAGGACCUCGAGGCUAUCAAGGACCCAAAGGUGAUCCUGGUUUCCCAGGCCCCCCCGGAGAAAUGGCCGACAAGCUGUCCUUUGAGAGCGAGAAAGGAGAUAAGGGGGAACGAGGCUUCCGGGGCCCGCCCGGCCCUCCUGGUCCCACGCUUGAAGGAACUGGAGGAAUAAUCACAGUGCAGGGUGAGAAAGGACCUCCAGGGGAUAAAGGAGACAAAGGCACCUGCAAGUCCGAUCUAGUUGGUCCCAAAGGGGAAAUCGGUCCUAGUGGAGGAAGAGGUAAACCUGGCAAGGAUGGAGACGCAGGGCCAAAGGGAGACAAAGGCUUCUCUGGAUCAAUUGGAUACCCUGGUUCUCAGGGUGAAAAGGGAGAAAGGGGACCUCCAGGUCAUGGUGAUGGUUCUCCUGGUCCUGCCGGUCCUCGUGGUUAUCCAGGGUUACAAGGAGAAAAAGGCUUUCCUGGUCCUCAGGGAGAAGCAGGGCCACCAGGCCGCAACUUCGAAGGGCCUCGAGGGGAGAGCGGUCAGAAGGGAAACACUGGUGAGAAAGGAGACAGCGGUUUAGAAGGAGAGUCUCUUGUUGGACCUCCAGGACAACCAGGGACCACUGGAUCGCCUGGACCUCCUGGACUACCGAUUGAGCCUAAUGAAUGUAACAUCGAGAAAGGAGCUCCUGGCCCACCUGGAUCCCCAGGGUUACAAGGGGAAUUGGGACAGAAAGGUGAUAGAGGAGAUACCUGUGUUGAGUGUGAAGCCUUUGGCCCACCUGGAUUACCUGGGCCCCAAGGACCAAAAGGAGAUCAAGGACCUCCUGGGCAAGUAGGCGGCAAGGGAGAAAAGGGUGUGUCCGGCUCUUUUGGACAACCUGGAAUUCCUGGCUCUCCAGGUGUUCCUGGGUUGAUUGGGUCACCUGGUGCUGUUGGUGAUCCAGGAGAUGUUUUCUCAGCUCCUGGUCUGAAGGGGGAAAAAGGUAUGCCUGGUCUUUCUGGUACACCAGGUCAGUCAGGACUGGAUGGACCGCCAGGGAGAGAUGGCCUUCCAGGGAUACCCGGCUUCAAAGGAGAACCAGCCAAAGAAGGCAUCAAGGGUGAGCGUGGACCAGAUGGGAACCCUGGUUUUAGUGGCCCACCCGGAGAGAGGGGUCCACCUGGCCUUCCAGGAUUUGGUCGACCAGGAGAGAGUGGAGAGAAAGGCAGUCAGGGAAGACCAGGCCUUCCUGGAACUCCUGGACCAGCUGGUACAAAAGGUGAGCCAGGUAAAGGUGUGAGCACUCCUGGACCUCAGGGAGUACCUGGACCACGUGGAGAAACCGGAGUACCUGGACUUCAAGGUGACACAGGCCUGCCUGGAGACUUAGGCCAGCCAGGUUUCCCUGGACAGAAAGGUGAACCCGGAUCCGCUGGAAUUGGAUUUCCAGGCCAAACUGGCCCAAAAGGAAUCAGUGGAAUUCCAGGAGCUCCAGGAUUACCUGGAGAGCCUGGAAGACGAGGACAGGAUGGCUUGACCGGACAACCUGGUACCCCUGGGCAAAAAGGUGACCCAGGACAGGGUCUUCCAGGCCUAAAAGGUGAUCAGGGUCCCCAAGGAAUUAUUGGCUUCCCUGGAGAGAAGGGUCCUAUUGGACUACCCGGUGUUCCUGGAACAGAAGGCAAAACAGGAGUGCCAGGAUCUCAAGGAAUCAAAGGUGACAACGGACCCCCAGGAUCUCCUGGACUUGUUGGCCCACCAGGUGAUCCAGGUAAAGGUUCCCCUGGGGCUCCUGGACCACAAGGACCCCCUGGAGAGCCAGGACCUUACGGUAGGGACGGUGUUAAGGGAGAAAAGGGUUACCCAGGCCCUCCUGGCCUCGACAUGCCAGGGCCUCAGGGAGAGAAGGGAACCCCGGGGUUCCCAGGAAACCCAGGUUCUAAAGGACUAACAGGGCCACCAGGCUUCCCUGGAAGUGACGGACUCACUGGAAACCAAGGUGUGAAAGGUGAAAUGGGUGUCAUGGGGACACCGGGACAGCAAGGAUUGCCUGGACUACAUGGUACACCUGGAUCUCCUGGAUUCAGAGGUAAUCCCGGUAUUACUGGACCUAGAGGGGAUAUUGGAGAGCCUGGAGCUAGAGGAAUAAGGGGAGACCAAGGUAUUCAGGGGCCUCCUGGGAACAUGAGCGGCGUUGACAUGGAGCACCUGAAGGGGGAAAAGGGAGACAUUGGAGACAAAGGUUUAUCUGGGUCUACUGGAUCGAAGGGCCAUCGUGGACUUCCUGGUGAUCCUGGAGGGGCAGGCAAAGAUGGGGAGCCUGGAUCACCUGGACAACCAGGUGAGAAAGGAGACCUUGGUUUUCCCGGGGAACCUGGCAGGAUGGGACCAACUGGUCAGAAAGGCAGUGUCGGAGAGAUGGGAAUACCAGGUGUGAUUGGUCCAAAGGGUAGUAAAGGAGAUAUUGGUACAUCGGGACAUCCUGGAUUCAGAGGCACGGACGGACAGAAAGGUGACAAGGGAGUACCUGGUGAUCCAGGUAUUGGGCUCCCAGGACAUCCAGGAGAAAAGGGUCCAGCGGGCCAGCCAGGCUUCCCAGGAUCACCGGGAGAGAGGGGGCUGAAGGGUCACGAGGGAAUGCCCGGCCAGCCAGGCCUGCAAGGAUCCAAAGGAGAAAAAGGACUCAUUGGUUAUACAGGUCAGUCAGGCAGACCAGGUGAGAAGGGAACCCCAGGACUGCCAGGGUCUGCGGGAGAAACUGGCCGUGACGGUCGGCCUGGUGAAGGAGGCUUGCAGGGACCGCCCGGUGUUUCCGGAGAGAAGGGAAAUCCUGGAGUGGAUGGUAUCCCUGGGUCCUCAGGGGAGAAAGGAGACCCAGGUUUAGCUGGACGAGGUUUCCCUGGACAACCCGGUGUGCUUGGUGGCAAAGGUGACAAAGGUAGUCCUGGCUUCCCUGGAACUCCAGGUCAUCCUGGUGUCCCUGGUAUCAAAGGUGACAAGGGACUUUCAGGCCUAAUUGGACCCCAGGGUGAGACAGGAGAGAGGGGGUUGACAGGUAUCUCUCUGGAGGGCCCUAAGGGAGAGAAGGGAGAGGCCGGAGAAGCCGGAGAAUCAGGGUCCUCAGGAGGACCAGGACCCUCGGGUGUGCCAGGUAGAGACGGCCAAAAGGGAGACAAGGGAGACCAGGGCCCCGCUGGUUUCCAGGGAGAGUCGGGACAUAAGGGUGACCCUGGAGUUACUGGACAUUCUGGACAACCUGGCCUUCCAGGUAUCGAUGGACAGAAGGGAGAAAGGGGACUGCAGGGUGUCCCUGGCUUCCCAGGUACAAGAGGUAAUUUUGGUGACAUUGGAUUCAAAGGAGAAGUUGGAGACAGAGGAUUCUCAGGAGAAACGGGCAACGAUGGACCUCCCGGUCCCCCCGGCCACACCAUUUACAUCAAAGGAGAUAUCGGGUUCCCAGGGAAAGAAGGCUUACCAGGUCCCCAGGGGCCAUCUGGGCUUCCUGGGCAGAAAGGACAGCAAGGUAUGACAGGCAUUUCGGGCCCUAAAGGGGACGAUGGCGUCCCUGGAUACCACGGUCAGUCUGGAUCCAAAGGAGAGCCUGGCCUGCCAGGGCCACAGGGACCCAGAGGACACCCCGGCCCCACAGGACCUGACGGUGUCCCGGGUCAAGUGGGUCACCCCGGCCCCUCGUCCAUGGAUCACGGAUUCCUGGUGACCCGCCACAGCCAAGCGCUGGACGUUCCCGUCUGUCCGCAGGGAACCUCGCUCCUGUAUGAUGGCUACUCGUUGCUCUACGUUCAAGGCAACGAACGCUCCCACGGACAGGACUUGGGUACCGCGGGCAGCUGUCUAAGGAAGUUCAGCCCCAUGCCCUUCCUGUUCUGUAACAUCAACAACGUGUGCAACUUUGCAUCUCGUAACGACUACUCCUACUGGCUCACCUCCCCUGAGCCCAUGCCCAUGAGCAUGGCACCCAUCACUGGUGAAGGCAUCAAACCCUUCAUCAGCAGGUGUGCAGUGUGUGAAGCUCCAGCCAUGGUGAUGGCCAUUCACAGUCAGACCAUCAGGCUCCCAGAAUGCCCUCGCGGCUGGGAUGCUCUCUGGAUUGGCUACUCCUUUGUCAUGCACACCAGUGCUGGUGCUGAGGGCUCCGGUCAGGCUCUGGCCUCCCCUGGAUCCUGCCUGGAGGAAUUCCGCAGUGCUCCAUUCAUCGAGUGUCACGGCCGUGGGACCUGCAACUACUACGCCAACUCCUACAGCUUCUGGCUUGCCACCAUUGAAGACAGUGAGAUGUUUAGGAAACCUGUCCCUUCGACGCUCAAAGCCGGCAACCUCCGAUCAAACGUAAGCCGUUGUACUGUGUGUAUGAAGAGGACAUAAACCCCCAAACUCCAGAGUCCUCCUUCCUAACAUGCGAGCAGAAAAGUGUGCGCUGACGACCCCGACCUGGCUUGCUGUCUUCAAACGAUGGUGCUAUUUCCCUGCGUGUGUGAGAGCGGAGGGACAGAGAUGUGCUUUGCAAAACAGCCGGAGACUAAACACUACAAACAGAAACCGAGUGACUUUUGCUGCAUACAGAACACGACAUGAUCACAACAAGUCUGUAAAGAAUCGCACCCAGUUUGCCACUGCACUGAGGACACGCCCCCUAAACUGGUAAACUGGUGUUCAUAUUGUGUUGAGUUAGGUGCUAUACAAUCUUACUUAUCGGCCGUUCUUUUUUUCUUCUUUCUCCUUCCAAUGUCCCAGCAUUCAAAGAUAUAGCCUCAUUUUAUUCUAUAUUUUAGCUUGUUUAUACAUACUAAUGAACAGGAUGGGACCUACCACUGGUUACGCACGCUUGCCAUUCGUUAAAUCACCGCAAUGUUGCCGACACACAUACAUACUUAUCACUGUGUUGUAAAUAUAAUGCAUUCCUCUCUAACAUAGUCCAACAUACUCUCCUCAGGUUAUUAUUGAAAUACUUUGUGUGUUAUUAAGUCCAUUUUUAUUUAUAAGAUUUAUGAGAAUAUGUUGGACUUAAGUGUACCUGAGAUUCCAUUGAUCCAAAAACAGUGUAUCAACGUCUGACCAUCAGCGCCUUACUAACAAACAAAACAGCAUUGAACGAGCAUCGGUGCUGUGUGUGUGUGUGUGUGUGGGAUUGUGUGAAUGUACAUGUAUUAAUGGAAUUGAGCUGCUUGCAGGUGAUACGUGUUUUGCGUUGUCUGCAUGUAUAUUGUUGCACAACCCCGUCCUUGACAUAACAGACGCACCAAAAGAACCAAAAAAAAGAAAUCCUGUACCUUUGCUCGGUCGGAACGUUGUGUUAAAUUGCUUGUGUGUCUGAUCCCAAAGAAAUGCACGUGUAUAUAUACUUACACAUAACACCUACCUUGCUCUUUUUUGAAUUACUUUUGUUAUCUUGGUUGAUUUAACUCUAAAGAGUGAGGGAUGAUUGAUGAUUAGUCAAACCCAGACGGACGAGGAGGAUUGUAUUUAUAAGUGUGUGUGCAGGUUGACAUGCUUUAAAAGGUCUCAACAUACGAUUGGGUUUUAUUAAUCCGUUAAUAUACAGUAUUUGGAGAUUGUGAGUCUCGGUCAGCAGGCGGAAGGCCCUUUGGACACCAGACGUCCCAUUCAGAGCUACUUUAGCAAGCAAGCUAUUUCUUGUGUUUAAGCUUCAGCACUGACCGUAACCUGUAUUUGUUUGCAUUGCUUGGUUGUGAUGAAAUGCUCCACGAGUACAUACAGUAUCAGUAGUGUUAACAGACCUGAUUAUUCUGGCGAAUAAUCUCACACACAGAACAAAAAGUCAUUCGUAAACACCUUAUAUUUUCCAGAUUCUAUACUGUGUACUCCCUGCAAUAAAAUGAUUUGUAGAAUUUUCUUCUUAAUUAA